AUGGGACUGAUUAACCUGGUGUUGUGUUGUACAGAUACUCGAUUCUUCAUCGUCAAGUCUUUUAAUGAGCAGAAUGUCGAACAGUGUAUGGAAGAUAAUAUUUGGACCACGCAGGCCAAAAACAGCUCGACAUUUACCGAAGCCUUCAACCAGUGUAGGAACGUUAUCCUGUUCUUUUCGAUCAACCAGUCUGGCCACUUUCAAGGCUACGCCCGGAUGACAACCGCACCGUCGUCGAAGAUCCCACGCCCCUGCUGGAUGAAGAGCCUGCCCUGGGGCACCAGCGAGCCGUUCAGACUGGAAUGGUUGAGCACCACACCCCUCGAGUUUCGAAGAGUCCGUCGAGUUACAAAUCCGCUCAAUGAGGGCUUGCCGGUUUUUGUGGGCAAAGACGGACAGGAAAUCGAGACCAGCGUUGGACACGAGCUGUUGAAUGAGAUGGAUUUGGAGCGGGAGCGGAGGUGGGACGAAGAUCACCGCGGUGGGUUGGUAUCGGACUACCAGAGGGAUGAGGAUUAUCACCAUGGGACUAUGGUGAAGCGCGAGUCGUCCACUUAG